AUGGUCGGCUCAAGGCCAGACCUAGGCUUCGCAGUGGGGUUUAUCAGAAGGUUCAUAAGUAAACCAAGCAGAGAGCAUUGGGAGGCAGUUAAGUGGGUGUUAAAGUACCUAAAGGGAGCAUCUAAGGUCAACCAAACAUUCAGGAAGCAUACAAGGUUUAUUAUUGAAGGUUACUCAGAUUCAGACUACUCUACUGACAGGGACAUGAGAAGAUCAGUUACAGGAUAUAUCUUCAAAGUUGGAGGAAACACGGUUUCAUGGAAAUCUUGUCUGCAGUCUGUGGUUGCUCUCUCUACCACAAAGGGAGAGUACAUGGCGAUACAUGAGGCAGCGAAGGAAGGUUUAUGGCUAAAGGGUUUAUGUGCAUAG